AUGUUUUUUACCCUUGGUAGAUUGAAAGAUACUUCAAUUAUAAUGAAAAUUCAAUUCUUAUUUUUAAUAUCUUUUGUAUUAGCAUUCCCACUUGAUGAAAUUAAAUUGAAUGAUAUUCCUAGUGAAGAAGAAGGAGCUUCAGUUGCAAGAACUUUGGUUUCAAGAGAAUCAUUAGUCAAUGUCAAUACAAUCAAAACUAUUAAAAAUUCUGAUGGUAAAAUAACGUAUUUACCAGUUUCAACAAUGGAAUAUUAUGCUGAUUGUGAUGAAGAUGGAGAUCCAUAUUGGUUGGUUAUUGAUGUAAGUGGUGCAAAUCAAAACAUACUUAAAGGGUCAACAUUUUCAUUUUCAAUCCGUGACGGUGAUCAUCCUAAUUAUGAUGAAGUUGCUGAAAAUUAUCCAGGAAAACUUGAAGGCUCUCCAGCUGGUUCUCCGAGAGUACAAUUGACUGGAAAAUUACAAAAAAUUUGGUUUCCAAAUCCAUUUGAUCAAAAAAAGUUUGAUUUAGAAAAAUGUUUUCUUCAAAGACAUCCAGAUGCGGCAAUGUGGUUGCCAGAUAAUGUAUUGUCACCACAUAAAUCGCAUUGGGUAAAGUUUUUAGUCGAUGAAAUUUAUUUAGUUGGUGGAUUUGGAGAUCGUGCAUAUAUUGGAGAGAUAAAUCAAGAAAUUUAUCACUCAGCAGAAAUUAUACCACCUAAAGAUAAUAAUGAAGAAGGUAGAUGA